AUGCGUGCUCAUCUCAAAUACCAGAUCCUUCUGGCUUCGAAGCUUCUACCUCACCACGCUUGUUUGCUCCAAGUAAAAUUUCUAAUUAUGCUAUUCAGAAUCAUUCUGGCAGCUUUUCUACAAGCAGUUGUGGUUGCUGCUCUGCCAGCGGAGACCUCAUCGAAAAGAUCCGUGGAUUUCAACUGGGGCUCAACCAAAGUUCGGGGACUCAAUAUUGGAGGCUGGCUGCUACUCGAGCCAUGGAUUACGCCGUCCAUAUUCCACGCUCUGGAUCCGUCUAAAGGGAUAGUCGAUGAAUACACGCUCACCGAGAAGCUUGGUACGGAUGCCGCGUACAGCAUCCUCAAGCCUCACUGGGAUAGCUGGUGCACCUUUUCGGAUUUCCAGAAGAUCGCACAAGCUGGCUUCAAUACCGUUCGAAUCCCAAUAGGAUACUGGGCCUACUCUCUCGAGAGCGGAGAGCCAUAUACGCAAGGUGCAGCGCCGUAUAUUGAUGCAGCCAUUGAGUGGGCGCGAGCAACCGGGCUCAAGGUCUGGAUUGAUCUGCACGGAGCGCCUCUGAGUCAAAAUGGAUUUGACAACUCAGGGCACAAGGUGUCGACACCAGGAUGGCAAGGAGGUGACAGUAUUGCUCAAACACUUUCAGUCCUCAACACCAUCACGAAGAAGUACGCCCAGGAGGAGUACCAGGAUGUGGUUGUAGCAAUUGAGCUCUUGAACGAGCCUUUCAGCUCUGCUCUGAACUUCGAAAAACUCAAGCAGUUCUACCGAGACGGGUUUGAUCAGGUCCGAGCUGUCAGCGACACGCCUGUGAUGUUGCAUGAUGCAUUCGUGACCCCCAAGACUUGGAAUGGGUUCCUUUCCGUAUCUGACAACAACUCGCACAAUGUUAUUGUCGACCACCACGAAUACCAAGUUUUCACCAAUGAGCUUGUAGCUCUCCAGCCAUGGGAGCACCGUCAAUUCGUAUGUAACAACGUUGCAUCGUAUACUUCCGAGACCGAUAAAUGGGUAGUUGUAGGCGAGUGGACAGCCGCAAUGACCGACUGUGCUCCAGCCCUCAACGGGUACGGCAUCGGUGCCAGAUACGACGGGACCUACCCGGGCUCCUCGUACGUCGGCCAAUGCGACGACAAAAGCAACAUCACCAACUGGAACGAGACUUUCAAAAGCGAUAUGCGAGGAUACCUUGAAGCCCAGCUCUCGGCUUUCGAAAGCCAUUCGCAGGGCUGGGUGUUCUGGAACUUCAAGACCGAAGCAGCUCAUGAGUGGGAUGCGUUUGUGCUCAUGGACGAAGGGAUCUUUCCUCAGCCUCUGGAGGACCGCGAUUUUGGUGCGAUUUGCUCUUGA